AUGGCAGACAUGACGGUACGAAACACUGCGAACCUGAUCGCCAAUAUCAAUAAUGGUAUCAUGGUAGGCCAGAACUUCGGAAAUAUCAACCAUGAGUCCGGAUGCCAUACCGAUGAGCAGCGAUUCGACAAGUGUACCAAAGCGCUCUGGGUGACAGACCCUGAUAUCGACCGCGAUUAUGUCGUGAACACUAAGGGUAGCCCCGUUUCUGGCACAUGCGACUGGAUCUGGCAAGACCGCACUUUCUUGGAUUGGUUGAAUGGGUCAUCAUCCAGAACAUUAUGGAUCGCAGGUGGACCUGGAAAAGGCAAAACAAUGAUUUCGGUUCAUGUCACCGGCUUGCUCGAGAAACGAUGCAAUAUUCGCAAUCAAGUCUUUGCAUACUUCUUCUGCGACCACCGGGAUACGAAUCGCAAUUCUGCAUGUGCAAUCCUCCGCACUCUGAUAUACCAAAUCAUCGAGCAGAAACGAGGUCUGCUCAGCAAGGUCUUCCCUUACUUUCAGGAUGAUCGGCGAGCGAAGGCUACGAUACAGUCGCGCGAGGCCCUUUGGCGAAUCGUCACCGAGCUACUGCACGAGCAGGAACUUGGAGGUCUGGUGUAUUUGAUCGACGGGCUUGACGAGUGCGAUGACGAUACAGCUCGUUGGAUGGCACAGAAGUUGUCCAGCCUUCAUACCGACAGCUCCGGCAAAGAUGUGAGAGACGUGAAGAUUCUCGUUGCGAGUCGGAAUGUCGCAAGCAUGAAAUUUUCGUCCAAAAUCGACCUAGAUACCAUACAAGACCCAGGCUACGACGAGAGCAUCACCAGGUUCAUCGAUGCGCGAGUCGCUGAUAUGGCAGAUCAGGUGCCCGGUUGCACACUAGCGCUCCAGAAUCAAGUCAAAGAAAUCCUGCAGUCACGCUCGGGUAAUUCUUUCCUUUGGAUCGGUUGCGUAAUGGGCGAACUGUCGGUCAAAGAGACGCCUACCGAGAUCGAGAGUUCGCUAGCAGAGUUUCCUACCGGACUUCGCCCGCUCUACAACCGACUCCUUCACCAGCUGGAGGCGCUCUGGGUUACAUGCGGCCAAGGUCUUGAAGACGUUGUACAAGUACUACUAGACGCCGGCGCCGGCCCAGAUGAGCUCAGUCUGGCAUCAGAUUCGAUUGAGUUCUGGGAGAUUCCCACACCCGCCUUCGUCGCAGCCUGUUUUGGAGGCAGCAAGCAUCUUGUGGAAACUUUGUUCUCCCGAACCAAAGGCCUGCAUCUCUACCUGGACUACGGCUUGUCAGCAGCGAUUAGCUGCGGCCAUGAAGACGUGAUUCGAUUCCUCUUACCAAAAGUUGGGACGGUUGGCUAUCAGAGCGAGCGAGAGAAGAAAUUCUUGUCUCGUGCUAUGCUCGCUAACGUGUCUUCAUCUAUCCUCGAGCUCUUACUAGAUUUCUUCGGUUCGAACGCGGACUUGGUGGGUCACUUGGACAAGAAUGGUUCACCCUGGAGAAUGAUCAAAAUUGCAGCCUUUUUCAAGAACCACGAGACUAUGCAGAUGUUGCUGAACAGAGGUGCCGCACCGAUGAAUAGCAGGUUUCUCACCGCUACCGAGACAGACGACGCAAACCUUCUCGCACAAAUCUUGCAACAAGAUGUUGACAUGACCAUGUCUCUACAUGUUGCGGCUAAACAUGGUUCCCUUCAGGCUGCGAAGUUGCUCAUCGCGAAAGGAGUAGCGAUCAAUGGUGCUAAUGGACAAAAGAAGACCCCACUUAUUAUCGCAGCUGAGAACGGCUUUGCAGAGCUUGUGGAGCUGCUUCUCGAAAACGGAGCCAGUCCCAAGACCAAGGAUAAGGGGGACAAGAAUGCCCGCAUGAGAGCUGAAGCAGAAGGCCAUGCAGAUGUGGUUCAGGUCAUCGAUGACUGGGCUCUCAAGAUGAAGAAGUAA